ACUGAAAAAGUAAGUGCGGUGUUUAAUGGGUUUGUCACCAACUUUACGUUUCCUUACAAACGAAGACGAAACCCCCCAAAAAAGGAGAAACAGUAAAAUUGGAACUUGGAAGGAUAGAGAGAAUUAAAAAAAUAAAAAAAUAAAAGGAAGCAUCUUUGGAGUUGUUGGAGUGUGAGAGAUGGAGAGGAGAAAGGUUGUGAUGUGUUGUGUCUUAUCGCUACUUGGUUUAUUGUCAGCUGUUACUGCCUUCGCCGCUGAAGCUACUCGAAUCAAGAGAUCUCAAGUCAAGGUUACCACCGAAACAAAUUCAAUAAAAAAAUGCAGUUAUCCAAGAAGUCCAGCUUACGAUCUCGGCUUCACUUCUGCUCUCUUUCUGAUGAUGGCUCAGAUAAUUGUCAGUGUCUCGAGUAGUUGUUUCUGUUGUAGAAAAGGUCCUUCUCCUUCGAGGUCUAAGUGGAUUAUCUCCUUAAUCUGCUUUGUUGUUUCCUGGUUCACUUUCGUAAUAGCUUUCCUUGUGCUGCUUACUGGAGCUGCCCUCAAUGAUGAACACAUCGAGGAAUCAACAGAUAUUGUUAGCCCUUACUUUUGCUACAUUGUGAAACCGGGCGUUUUCUCUACCGGUGCUGUGCUUUCGCUUGUUACUAUUACCCUCGGGAUUGUCUACUAUUUAUGUUUGGGCUCAAGUAAGCAAAAUGUUGCUGCCACAAUGACCCCGGCGAACCAAGGAGCAGGUAUAGCAAUGGGGCAGGCUCAGAUUCCAGAGAGAGUUGAAGAUCCUGUCUUUGUUCAUGAGGAUACUUACAUGAGAAGACAGUUCACUUAAAACAGACAAGGCUUUGCUUGUGAAACACGUUUAGGUUUAGGAGGGCAUAUAGAUAAAAAAGGGUUUGUGUUUGUGAUUCUUGUCUGUGAGAUUAUGAAACGUUGUAAUGAUUGCUAAUGUUGUUGGAAGUAGAAAUCCUUGGGGACCCUAAAAACGUCACUUAUUAUGCAUUGUGUAGUUUUUUCUUCUUCUUCUUUGUCCCUUUCUCAUUUCUGUUAGUCAACAAACCUCAAAAAUGGUUAUGGAGAAGUGUUCGUCUGGAACAAUCUUGACCCUAAAUAAAAGAUUGUAUGGUAA